GUCACUCUAGCAAUCAGCUGGGUCAUCAGCAUUUUUAAAAACAGAAUUGAAUUUUAUUCAAAAUUCCAGGCGAUCGCUAUUCCAAACUGACCAAUUUGCUGUCGAGGAUUGAACAUGGGCGUGCCCACGACGGAUUGGCUUUAUUGGUGUCGCCUGUGCGCCCGCGACGACGCUGUUAUCAAAGUGCGUCCGCUGGACGAAGAUCUGGUGAGGAUCAUCAGCAAAUGCUUCGAUGUGGAGAUGACACUCGAGGAACCGGAACUGGGGAGCAUGCUGUGCGAGGAGUGCUACACGGUGGUUGGCCAACUGCUCACCUUCUCGGAAAGCGUUACCAAGGUCCAGGCCAUUUUCGAGCUUCUGCGUCACUCGGAGCCGCAGGACAGUCAGGAGUUGGACGCACUGCGGCGGGAAUAUGGCCUUCCGCCCACCUGCAAACAGGAACUGGAGUUCCUGGAGAUCGAUGAGCAGGAGGACAAGUGUUCCUCUCUCGAGGAGCCAUUUAUAUCCGACCAUUCCACUGUUCCCUCACCAGACAUACAAAAAAUGGUCGCUCGCAGUCGAUCGAGCCCAAUGGAGAGGAAACUCCAGCUAGAUACAUCGGACCAUUCCACUGCUCCAUCACCUGAGGUACAAACAAAGCGCGGUCGCAAAUCCCUUGAUUAUGAUUCCCAGAUGGAAGUGGACCUCAUUCUAAACGAAGAUGACAUCAUGGUCCUGCAGCCCGAGAAAAGAAAGCGGGGGCGUCCGAGGGGUAGAGGCAAGCUGCUGAAACAGGACGACAGCCAGAAUAGAACUCCCUACAAACCGGAAGGCACUGCCAAAGCCAAAGCACAGAGGCAGUCACCCAAAGACAGAGUGUCGCCGCAGGAGGGCUUCCCGAGUCCGGGCGUCGACGAUUUCACCUGCAAGGCCUGCAACGAGUCCUUCAUGUCCUUCAUGGCUCUGCGCCGGCACAAGCAUGACAUGCACGGCGGUCCCAAGCGAUUCGUUUGCGACUGCUGCGGCAAAGGGCUGAAGACCUUCACUUCGCUGGUCGAGCACCAGCUGGUCCACACGGACGAGAAGCCCUGCGUCUGUCCCGUGUGCAAUGCGGCCUUCAAGAACAAGGCCAGACUCAGGGUGCACAGCCAGACGCACGGAGAGCCACAGUUUAAGUGUGACAUCUGCGGAAAGAAGCUGCAGACGCGGGCCAUUCUCAACAAGCACAAGUAUGUUCACACCGAGGAGCGGCGAUUCAAGUGCGAGAUUUGCGGCAGCGGCUGCAAGAACUCCACGGCCCUGAAGAUCCACCUGCUGGGACACACGGGUCUCAGGCCAUAUGUCUGCAAGUACUGCGGCAAGGCAUUCGCCAGCAACACCAAUUGCCGCUCGCACAAGUGGAAGAAGCAUCCGGAACUGGCGGCCAAGGAGGAUGAGACCGAAUCCUCGCGGGUUCCCGUUCCCACAUUGGAGGAACUACGCGCCAUAACCCGCGAGAUGGCGAAAACGGCCAGCAAGGAAUCUUAGAGCAUGCACAUUCAGUUGAUUUAUACUUAUAAUAUAAGUUCCAUUUGCAUUAAAACUUUUAAAUAUAUAUAUACGUAUGUUAUGUAAACAAAUAAAGUAAGAUUUAAUAUUUCGUUUUUAAAUAUUCCCUUAUAUGGAA